UGCUGGCGGAAGUAAGCUACACAUCCGCCUUCGAACUACGCCGAGAGCUUUUUGAAAAUCGUAAACUGACGACUUCGUUCGAUGUAUAAGUGAAUUUAAUUUAUGGCGAGGUUUCUUUUUCCUGGAGUUCCCAGUGGGAGGCAAUAGGCUUCUCUUCCCAAACUAAAGAUGUCCACCAAGUGUUGGAUUUGUGGGUAAAUGGGAGUCAGGAUUGAAAUGGGCGACCGUGCUUGAGUCCUGCCUGUGGAUGACGCUCCUCUUGGAGCGGACCUGACUUUUCCAGCCAGAAUGGCCGAGUGCUAGUGCCCGCCUCCAAUGUGACCCAAUCAGAAAGAGGGAAAGGCUGGGAACUAAGUAGCGAUUGGCUGGAUCCUGGGCCAAUCGGAAGAGUCCUGAUUUGGCGGGAGUGUUGACUGCCGCAGCAGCUCUUGGAAUCUCUGCCCUAGCUCUCGGGGUCCGGCCGCCGUGGCCAUGUUCGUGUCCGAUUUCCGCAAGGAGUUCUACGAGGUGGUCCAGAGCCAGAGGGUUCUUCUCUUCGUGGCCUCGGACGUGGACGCUCUGUGCGCUUGCAAGAUCCUUCAGGCCCUGUUCCAGUGCGAUCACGUGCAGUAUACCCUGGUUCCAGUUUCUGGGUGGCAAGAACUUGAAACUGCAUUUCUUGAGCAUAAAGAACAGUUCCGUUAUUUUAUCCUCAUAAACUGCGGAGCUAACGUAGACCUAUUGGAUAUCCUUCAGCCUGAUGAAGAUGCCAUAUUUUUUGUGUGUGACACCCACAGGCCAGUCAAUGUCGUGAAUGUAUACAAUGAUGCCCAGAUCAAACUACUCAUUAAACAAGAUGAUGACCUUGAAGUUCCUGCCUAUGAUGAUAUCUUCAGAGAUGAAGAAGAGGAUGAAGAGCAUUCAGGAAGUGAAAGUGACAAUGGGUCAGAGCCUUCUGAGAAGCGCACACGGUUGGAAGAGGAGAUAGUGGCACAAACCAUGAAGAGGAGGCAGCGAAGAGAGUGGGAGGCCCGGAGAAGAGACAUCCUCUUUGACUAUGAACAGUAUGAAUAUCACGGGACGUCGUCAGCCAUGGUGAUGUUCGACUUGGCGUGGAUGAUGUCCAAGGACUUGAAUGAUAUGCUGUGGUGGGCCAUCGUUGGACUAACAGACCAGUGGGUACAAGACAAGAUCACCCAGAUGAAGUACGUGACCGACGUCGGCGUCCUGCAGCGCCACGUGUCCCGGCACAACCACCGGAAUGAGGACGAGGAGAACGCCCUCUCUGUGGACUGUACGCGGAUCUCCUUCGAGUAUGACCUCCGCCUGGCGCUCUACCAACACUGGUCCCUCCAUGACAGCCUGUGUAACACAUGCUACACCGCGGCCCGGUUCAAGCUCUGGUCUGUGCACGGGCAGAAGCGGCUCCAGGAGUUCCUCGCCGACGUGGGCCUCCCCUUGAAACAGGUGAAGCAGAAGUUCCAGUCCAUGGACAUCUCCUUGAAGGAGAAUUUGCGGGAGAUGAUCGAAGAGUCUGCAAAUAAAUUUGGGAUGAAGGACAUGCGUGUGCAGACUUUCAGCAUUCACUUUGGGUUCAAGCAUAAGUUCCUGGCCAGCGAUGUGGUCUUUGCCACUAUGUCGCUGAUGGAGAGUCCCGAGAAGGACGGCUCAGGGACCGAUAACUUCAUCCAGGCUCUGGACAGUCUCUCCAGGAGUAACCUGGACAAGCUCUACCAUGGCCUGGAACUCGCUAAGAAGCAGCUGCGAGCCACACAGCAGACCAUUGCCAGCUGCCUCUGCACCAACCUUGUUAUCUCCCAGGGGCCCUUCCUCUACUGCUCCCUCAUGGAGGGCACUCCGGACAUUGUGCUAUUUUCCAAACCAGCGUCCCUGAGCCUGCUCAGCAGACACCUGCUCAAGUCCUUUGUGUUUUCGACAAAGAACCGGCGCUGCAAGCUGUUGCCCUUGGUGAUGGCUGCACCCCUGAGUGUGGAGCAGGGCACCGUGACUGUGGUGGGCAUCCCCCCAGAGACCGACAGCUCGGACAGAAAGAACUUUUUUGGGCGGGCGUUUGAGAAGGCCGCAGAGGGCACCAACUCCCGAACGUUACACAACCAUUUCGACCUCUCAGUAAUUGAACUGAAAGCAGAGGAUCGGAGCAAGUUUCUGGAUGCACUUGUUUCCCUCCUGUCCUGAGGAGUUUGAUCUCUGCAGACAUGACCUCCUCCUUAUUUAUAUUAACUGGGUUUUAUUUAGACUGUAAGUUAUGGACAUAGUUUUAGAUGCAGGGACAGUUGGUUUUUAAUGGAAUAAAAUGUUCGUUUUAGUUUUGG